GGCCGGCCCCCCUCCCGGGCGCUGUGCCCGUCCCCAAAGCGGCUCGUCACUGCAGCGAGGCCAGUGGGCUGGGCUGCACGGCUGCGCGCACUCGUACCGCGUCCCCAGUCGCUCCCGCGCUCUCCUCGGAGCAGCUCCCCGGAUCCGCAGCCGUCUCCGGCCCGCUGCCUCCGCCGCCGCCGCCCGUCCGCGCCGCCAUGCAGCCUGCGCAUGCCUCGUCCCUCCCGCGGCGGCUGCUGCUGCUGCUGCUAGCGGCGCACCUCUCGGUGCAGCUGCCCAGGUCCAGCCGCGCGUCGCUAGUCCCCGCCGGCUGCCCGGAGCGCUGUGAGGUGGCGCGCUGCCCAGCGCCGCCGGGACACUGCGAGGGUGGCCGCGUCCGCGACGCCUGCGGCUGCUGCGAGGUGUGCGGUGCGCCCGAGGGCGCAGAGUGCGGCCUGCAGGAGGGCCCCUGCGGAGAGGGGCUACAGUGCGUGGUGCCCUUCGGGGUUCCCGCCUCGGCCACCGUGCGGCGGCGCGCGCAGGCCGGGCUCUGCCAGUGCGCCAGCAGCGAGCCGGUGUGUGGCAGCGACUCCAACACUUACGCCAACCUGUGCCAGCUGCGCGCCGCCAGCCGCCGCUCGGAGAGUCUGCACCAGCCGCCGGUCAUCGUCCUGCAGCGGGGCGCCUGCGGCCAAGGGCAGGACGACCCCAACAGCUUGCGCCAUAAGUACAACUUCAUUGCCGACGUGGUGGAGAAGAUCGCUCCCGCCGUGGUUCACAUCGAAUUGUUCCGCAAGCUUCCUUUCUCCAAGAGGGAGGUGCCAGUGGCCAGCGGGUCUGGGUUUAUCGUGUCUGAAGAUGGACUGAUUGUGACCAACGCCCAUGUGGUGACCAACAAGCACCGGGUCAAAGUGGAGCUGAGGAAUGGCGCCACUUACGAAGCCAAGAUCAAGGACGUGGAUGAGAAGGCGGACAUCGCCCUUAUCAAAAUUGACCACGAGGGGAAGCUGCCCGUGCUGCUGCUUGGCCGCUCCUCAGAGCUGCGGCCGGGGGAGUUCGUGGUCGCCAUUGGGAGCCCGUUUUCCCUUCAAAACACAGUCACCACCGGGAUCGUCAGCACCACCCAGCGUGGCGGCAAAGAGCUGGGGCUCCGGAACUCGGACAUGGACUACAUCCAGACAGACGCCAUCAUCAACUAUGGAAACUCGGGAGGCCCAUUAGUGAACCUGGACGGGGAAGUGAUUGGCAUCAACACUCUGAAAGUGACAGCCGGAAUCUCCUUUGCCAUUCCUUCGGAUAAGAUUAAAAAGUUCCUGACGGAGUCGCACGACCGACAGGCCAAAGGCAAAGCCAUCACUAAGAAGAAGUACAUUGGCAUCCGAAUGAUGUCGCUCACAUCCAGCAAGGCCAAGGAGCUGAAGGACCGCCACCGAGACUUCCCGGAUGUGCUUUCGGGAGCAUAUAUCAUCGAAGUGAUUCCUGACACCCCCGCGGAAGCCGGUGGGCUCAAGGAAAAUGAUGUCAUCAUUAGCAUCAAUGGACAGUCGGUGGUCUCCGCCAACGACGUCAGCGACGUCAUUAAAAAGGAAAACACCCUGAACAUGGUUGUUCGCCGGGGCAAUGAAGACGUGAUGCUCACGGUGACCCCGGAGGAAAUCGACCCGUAGGCAGAGGCAUGAGCUGGACUUCAUGUUUCCUUCGAAGGCUCUUCCUUGGACGGUGCACAGUGACUCUGGGCUGGUGGCACGGGACGCCCAAGACUCUGACCGCCGUGUUGCUUGUUCAGCAGAAACACCCUGGCCAACGGACCUCUCCUUGAUAGUGUGCAGGCAGAACCCAUGUACCUUGUAGGUCCACAGGCAGAGACUCGCCCUCCUGUAUCGUAUGUGCGCAGUGUGCUUUUUCUUGCCAGCCUGGACCGUUCCUGCUUAUUAGACAGCCAACAUUCGUCUACUUCAACUGAGUCAUCAUCCCAGUCCCAGGAAGGCCAUUGAUGUAACGCGUAGAUAAGAGGAAAGCCCCAGGGGAGCCACAGCGGCCCUGGGCGUGGGUUUGCUUUCCUCUGAGUCAGCACCCAGAGCAGGUAGAUGCCGACCGCAGGAGGGCGGACGCUGGCUUCCACGUGAGCCAAAGUUGCCUCUCUGGGCCACCUCCUUGGAACUGGGAGCACGAUGGCUUUGAGUUUGAGCUAUUAAAAUACUUCUUCAUA